AUGGCCACGCAACAACAGCCACAACAACAGGCUAAUAAGUGGCCUUUAGCAGACAACGGACGAAGUCCGAUCCUUGAAAAGAUUGCAGCCGUUUUAAGGGGGAAGGUUUCAGAAAGUGAAAUUACUCAGCUCGCUCGCAAAAUCGAAUCGACAGCAUUUAGUAGCGCAUCCUCCAUGUCGGAUUAUGUUGCAAAAAUCAACGGAAAACUUAGUGAAUUUAACAUGAGCAUAGU